CAGAAGUGGAUAAAUUUGAGAUACAAAAGAUUAUUACGCAAUGUGAUUAAUGGGUGAGUCAGUGAUUAAUACGUAAUAGAUUUAUGAAACCAACAUCCUACACUGUUUAACAACCAGAUGAAGAAAUCAAACUGAAAAAGAGGAGGAAAAUGGUGUAUGAUAAAAUCUCACAAAUGCAAACUCUGACAGAUCUCUACAUCGAUUAGCGUGCCGCCGUUCCUUCCUCCAUUCCGUCGCUGUCUUCCUCCGCCUUUCUGUACGCAACUCAGUGGCUAAUUUGAUUGGCAGAGCGAGAAUCAGGUGGGCAAGAAAAUGGCUACUGAUAAAGGUGCCGUGAUCGAGCACAGAUCCUACGCCAGGGUCGGGCUACUGGGCAACCCGAGCGAUGUGUACAAUGGGCGCACGAUAUCAUUCAGCCUGGGCAAUUUCUGGGCUUAUGUUAGAUUAGAGCCUUCGGGAAAUCUCUCGAUCCUUCCUCACCCAGCUCACGAUCUAGUCCAAUUCAAUUCUCUUCCUCAUUUAGUUGAUCGGUUGCAAACUGAUGGUUACUAUGGAGGGGUACGUCUGCUCAUGGCUAUUUGCAAAAUUUUCCACAAUUAUUGCAAAGAAAAUGGCAUCAGUUUACAUGAGGGGAACUUUACACUGUCUUACGAUACUAACAUUCCCCGCCAGACAGGGCUUUCUGGUUCAAGUGCCAUUGUCUGUGCUGCUCUUAGCUGCCUUCUUGAUUUCUACCAAGUCAGGCACCUGAUAAAAGUCGAAGUUCGUCCAAACCUUAUCCUCAAUGCAGAGAAGGAACUAGGAAUUGUUGCUGGUCUUCAAGAUAGAGUAGCUCAAGUUUAUGGAGGCCUUGUCUAUAUGGAUUUUAACAAAAAACACAUGGAAGAAUUUGGGCAUGGUGAAUAUAUAGCUAUGGACGUGGAUCUUCUGCCACCACUCUACCUUAUCUAUGCUGAAAACCCUAGUGAUUCUGGCAAGGUUCAUAGUACGGUUAGACAACGAUGGUUAAAUGGUGACGAAUUCAUUAUAUCAUCAAUGGAGGAAGUUGCGAGCAUUGCAUUGGAAGGAAGAACAGCAUUGCUCGAAAAGGAUUAUACAAAAUUUGCAAGCCUCAUGAACCGUAACUUUGACCUGCGGAGGUAAGUGUAUCAGUAUGA